UCCAAUGCCUUCACCACAACCCAAAAGCGACUCCCCGGAUUCUCACUACUUUGCACUCACCAUCGCCGUGGUUGCCAUCAUAGUUAUACUAUCAAACUUGAUAGCCUUUGCAUGCUGCUCCCCAUGUCACUUUGUUGAAUAUCUCCGGAGGUUAUUCCGGCGACCUGAGGUCUCGACCGGUGAAACCAACAAUGACAAACCUGCCAAAAUUAUUCCAGCACUGAAGUAUGACAAUGAACAGGAUGAAGAGAAUGCAUCUGAUAGUGGGUGUUCGGUGUGCCUAUCACCUUUCGUGGAUGGAGAAUAUAUCCGGCAGCUGCCGCCAUGCAAGCACACCUUCCAUGCACCUUGCAUAGAUAUGUGGCUCUACUCUCACUCCAGCUGUCCCCUUUGCCGUGCCAGCGUUCCAGUACGGCCUCCUCGCCGCCCGACUGCUGCAGCUGGGGUGGACCCCGGACGACAACGCGACAUCGAAUACAGCAACAUGGUCGGCAUCGUCGGUGAUCUGGUGUGACAUGGUGACCAGGGCGGC